AUGGAAAACAUCAGCGUGAGCGUGCGGGUCCGCCCGCUGAACAAGCAGGAGCAGAAUGAAGGGUUUACGUGGAGGAUCGAUGGCAACAGCAUGUACCAGAUCGACCUCGCCACGCGCGAGCCCGACCGCGCGCGCGACGCAAAGUACGCACUGGACCAUGUGUUCGGCCCCGGUGCGUCCACCGCCGACAUCUACCGCGUCACGACUCAGCACCUCAUCAGCAAGCUCGUCAGCGGCUUCAACAGCACAGUGUUUGCGUAUGGCCAGACCAGCAGCGGGAAAACAUACACGAUGCGCGGAUCGGCGGCCGACCCAGGCAUCAUCUCCCUGGCCGUGCGGGAGGUGUUUGCCCUCAUUGAGCAGACAGUCGACCGCGAGUUCCUGCUGCGCGUCUCAUACAUGGAGCUGUACAAUGAGGAGGUGAAUGACCUGCUCGCCCCAGAGAACCUGCGGCUGCCGAUCCACGAGAGCAAGGAGGCGGGCAUCUACGUGGCGGGCCUCAGGGAGGACAUUGUCACCUCGCCGGAGCAGGUUCUGCAGCUGCUGGAGACCGGGGAAGCCAACCGCCACGUCGGGUCGACGCGUAUGAACGAGGGCAGCAGCCGCUCGCACACUGUGUUCCGCAUGGUCAUCGAGAGCCGCAGCCGCUCCUGCGGCGAGCCCGAGGCCCCCCUGCCGCCGGAUGAGGCCGCGGGCGCCAUCCUGGUGUCCACGCUGACCCUGGUGGACCUUGCCGGCAGUGAGCGCGUCGCGAAGACGGGCGCGGAGGGGAUCCGGAUGAAGGAGGGCACGGCGAUCAACAGGAGCCUGCUGACGCUGGGGACAGUGAUCAACAAGCUGUCGGAGGGGGCACAGCUGUCGGGUGCCCACAUCCCCUAUCGCGACUCAAAGCUGACCCGGAUCCUCCAGCCCUCCCUUGGAGGCAACGCCAAGACGGCCAUCAUCUGCAACGUGACCCCCGCCGGCUGCCACACCGAGGAGUCCCACAGCACCCUCCGCUUCGCGUGCCGCGCCAAGCGCGUGGUCAACAACGCGGUGGUCAACGAGGUGCUGUCUGACGCGGCGGUGCUGAAGCGGCAGGCCAAGGAGAUCGAAGACCUCAAGAAGAGGCUGGAGGAGAGCGGCACCGCGGGCAGCAACUCCGAGGUGGAGGAGCAGAUGAUGCAGAUGCGGGCGCACAUGCUGCGCAUGGAGCAGGAGAAGGAGCUCAUGCGCGCAAAGCUGGAGGAGGAGGUGGCGGAGAGGGAGAAGGCGCAGAAGCAGGUUGAGGUGGCCAAGAAGAUCAUGUUUGGGCAGCAGCAGCAGCAGCAGCAACAACAGGACGCUGGCGGCGACGGCAGCGACGGCGCCGCCCCAGCGGGGCGCAAGGGGCGCAGCAGUCGGCGCGAGACUUGGUGCCCGGGGCGAUCGGGCUGGGAGCUACCGUUGCCAGAAUCUGCAGCUGGCCGCAAGCGGCCGGCCCCCAGCCUGAGCAAUAUGAUGGCGCCCAUGCUUGAGGAGGGGGAGGACGGCGACGGCGACGGCGCAGGCACCGGCGGCUUGAGGCGCGCGCAGCCGCGGCUGCGGGUCAGCGACGAGACCGACGCCCUGAUGCUGGAGGGCACUGAGGGCCUCAGCGAGCGUGGCCGCAAGUCGAGCGCCGGCAGCGCACUGAGGGCCAGCGCCGAGGGCGACACGUUGGCGCUCGGCGGCGGCGGGGGCGCGGCGGCGCGGCUGGCUGAGCUCGAGGAGCGACUGGCGGCGGCCGAGGCGCGCGGGGCCGAGGGCGACGAGCGGAUCAGCUCGCUGCAGCAACAGUUGGAGGAGCAGCGCGCGGCGGCGGAGCUGGCCGCCGCCGAGCGCGACGCGCUGGCGGCGGACAAGGAGCGGCUGGCGCCGGCGCUGGAGGAGGCGCGGUGGCAGGGGCGGCAGCUGGAGCGCAAGCUGCAGGAGGCGCAGGCCAGCAAGGAGGAGGGCACCGAGGCCGCAGCCGAGGCGCAGCGGGCGCUGGAGGAGCUGCGGCGCCUGAAGGAGGAGGCGCAGGAGUCUUUCAAGGAGCAGCUGGGCGCGGCGAACGACGCGAAGCAGUCCCUGAAGGACCAGCUGAAAGACCUGAAGGACGAGCUGCUGGACACAAGGGGCAAGCUCGACAUCGCCGAGCGCGCGCGCGCCGCGCUGGAGGCGCGCGAGGCCGCGCACGAGGGCGAGCGGCGCGAGGCGGCGGCGCGAGUCAAGGACGAGAGGGAGGAGGCGGAGCGCACGCGCAAGGCGCUGGAGGAGACGUCGGAGAAGCUGCGCGCCGCGGAGGAGCGGGCGGCGGAGGCGCAGGCCGGUGUCGCGCGGCUGCAGGCGCACGAGGCGGAGCUGCAGGCGGCGGUGGACAAGGCGACAGAGGCGGAGGCGCGCGCGUCGGAGGCGGAGGCCCGCAUGAAGGAGGCGCGGGAGCUGCUCGAGGCAGCCGAAAAGGCGGCGGCCGCCCUCUCGGAGGAGCUGGACGCCGCGCGCCGUGGCGCGGCCGAGGCGGCGGCCAAGGCGGCCGACGCGCACGCGCUGGAGGUGCAGCGGCUGGAGGUCGAGCGCAGCAAGGCGGAGGCCGCCCACGUGGAUGCGCUAUCUGCGCUGCGGACAGAGCUGCAGCAGGCCGUCGCGGCCGCGGAGGCGGCGCGCGGGGAGGCGACAGCCAAGCAGUCCGAGGUGGAGGCGGCGGCAGCGCGGACGGAGGAGGUGGCGGCCGAGUUGGAGGAGGCCCGCAGCCAGCUGGCCGAGAGCCUGGCGUGCGCAACCGCAGCUCGGGAGAACAUUGACGCACUCGAGCAGGCCGCCGAGGCGACCGCCGCCGAGCACGCGUCCGCGCUGGCGGCCGCGCAGGAGGUGCUGCGGUCGGCUCAGGAGGCCGCGGCGGCGGAGCUGGCGGCGGCGCGGGAGGCGGCGGCGGCGGAGCUGGCGGCGGUGCAGGAGGGCACCGCAGCGGCGCUGCAGCUCGAGCAGGAGGCGCGGCAAGCAGACGUGACCGCGCUGCAGGAGCAGCUCGAGCAAACCAAGGCUACCGCCCAAGCAGAGAGUGAGGAGCUGCGGUCGAGCCUCGACGCCACCAACUCCCUGCUGAUGAAGACCAUGGCGGCCGCCACGCAGCACGAGGCGGCGGCGGCGGAGGCGCUGGGCGCGAAGCAAAAGGAGAUCGACUCCGCGCAGGCGCGGCUGGCGGAGGCGGCGGGAAUCCUCAACAUCCGCGACGAGCUGCGAGAGGCCAGGGUCAAGCACAAGCAGGAGGUACAGGGGCUGCGGACCGAGCUGGCCAAGCUGCAGUCUGAGAGCAAGUCGGGCAUCAAGGGCAAGGAGACGGCGCAGAAGGACGUUGACGCACUCAAGAAGAAGGUGACCGACCUGGAGACCCGGCUGCGCGCCGCGACACAGGACAAGCAGACCGCCUUGCAGGACAAGGCCAACGUGGAGCGCCAGCUGAAGAGCAUCAACAGCCGCAGCACCCUGCUGGAGAAGAACCUGGAGAAGCAGGGCGCGCAGGCCGAGAAGCGGCGCGAGAGCAUCAUGGUCGGCCUAAGCAAGACGAAGGACGCACUGUCUGUGACCGAGGAGCGCGCCAAGCAGCUGUCGCUCGACCUGCAGCGCACGCAGAUGGAUCUCUUUGCAAAGACAAGCGAGUGCCAGGACCUUGAGGCGAGGCUGGGCGAGUCCCGCGCCUCGGCCUCGUCGCUGGCGGCCGAGAAGUCCAAGGUUGAGGCCAAGCUGUCCGAGGCGGAGGACCUGCUCGGGCGGAUCACCGAGGAGAGGGACGGCCUGAAGGAGCAAGUUGAGGAGCUGACCGCUCGCGUGGCCACGUUAGAGCAGACGUCGUCAGAGCUCAACACAGAGCUGCUCAACUUGAGGGAGGAGCACCAGCAGGUGUCGGCCGCGCGGGCGUCACAGGAGCAGGAGCUGGCGCAGACGCACGGCUCCCUGAAGGCGCUGAAGGCAGACAAGGGGGCGGUGGACGACGAGCUGGCCGGCCUGAAGGCCACGCACCAGGAGCUGCAGCAGCUGCACCAGCAGGCCUCUACCGACCUGGCCUCCACAAAGGCCGCCCUCUCGAAGAGCGAGGAGGCGCGCGUGCGUGCGGAGGGCCGCCUGCCUGAGAUUGAGGUGCUGCAGGGGCAGCUGACCUCGGCGCACGAGGAGCUCAGCGACGCGCGCUUCAGGGCUGAGGAGUUGCGCGCGGCGACGGCGGCCAGGGAGCAGCAGCUGGGCACCGACAAGCUGGCUCUGGAGCAGCAGGUGUCGUCUCUAACGGCGGCCUCCCAGCGGCUGGAGCGCGAGCUGGCGGCGGCGGCCGCAAAGGCGGGGCAGCAGGAGGGGCAGCUGAGGGACAUUUACGACCUGUGCAACUCGCAGCAAGGCAAGCUGCAGGCACUCAUGGAGGAGAAGCAGGAGGUGCAGACCGCCCUGGACAACGCCUCGGGGCUGGCGGAGGCGCUCAAGGGUCAGCUGGCGCAGGCGGAGGCGGCCGCGAGCGCAGCGCAGGACAAGGUGUCUGACCUGGCAGCCCAGCUGAGCCGCGAGGCCCAGGCCGCCGACGAGGCGCGCCGCGCGGCCGCGGCCAGCGCGGCUGAGGCGGCGGCGGCGCGCGCCAGCGGCGUAUCAGAGGUCGCGGCGUGGCAGGCUGAGUCGGCGCAGCGCAAGAAGGAGCACGAGGCCGCGCUGGCGGAGCUGCGGGGGCAGCUGGACGCGGCUGACCAGGAGCUGAAUGACAUGGCCUUCAAGGCGGACGAAGACAAGGCUGCGGCAGAGGAGAAGGUGGCAAAUCUGCAGGAGCAGCUCAAGGCCGCCCUGUUCAAGGCAGCUGCCCUUGAGGCGAAGCUGGCUUUGCCGCCGCCGCCGCUCUCGGACGAUGCCACGCCGAUCAAAGAGGCUCGAGGCGCCGCCGCGGCCGCGGAAGCCGAGGCGUCGGACCUGCGCGCGCGCGUGGCGGCGGCCCUGGAGGAUGCCGCGCACGCGGCGGCGCUGCGGGAGGAGUUGGAGGCGCUGAGGGGCCGCGCGGCGGCGCUCGAGGCUGCGGCCGCCGCUGAGCUGGAAGCGGCGGCCGCCGGCGCGGCGGCAGCGGAGGGGCUGCGGGCAGAGGUCGAGGCGGCGCGGCGCGGCACAGCGGAGGCGGCGGCGGCGGCCGCAGAGGAGGCAAGCGCGCUCCGCGCAGAGAUGGAGUUGCUGCGCCGCGCGGCGGCCGAGGGCGCCGCGGCGGCGGAGGGCCUGCGGGCGGAGGUCGCCUCGCUGACGCGGAGGCUAGCCGAGGCGGAGCGGCGGCGGGAGGAGCUCGACACUGAGCUGGCGGCGGCGGUUGCAGGGCUGCGCGAGGCGCGCGCCGCGCAGGAGGUGGCGCAGGCCGCUGCUGCGGCGGCGGAGCUGCGGCUGCAGCAGGCCGAGGCGGCCGCGGCCGCUGCUGCGCCUGCCGGCGGCGCCGCGGACGAUCUCACUGACGAGCUGCUUCGUCAGGACGGCAUGCAGCAGCAGGGCUCGGGCUCGUCGAGCCACGCCACGCGAAACGAGGGCGAAGCUGACCUGGCGGCGGCGCGCCGCGCGGCGGACGCCGCGGGCGAGGAGGCCGCGCGCCUGCGCGCGGCGCUGGCGGCGGCGGAGGAGCGGGAGCGGUCGACGGCCGAGGACGCGUCCGAGGCGCUGGCCGCCUCGGACGCGGCGAUCUCUGAGGCGCACGGCGAGAUCGCGCGGCUCAGGGAGGCGGCGCGGGCGGCCGAGGCGCAGGCAGCGGAGGCGGCCGAGGGGCGGCGGCGCGCGAGGGAGGAGCAGCCGCCAAUGUGCGUUGCCAGGCGCGACCCUGCUGCAUGA